ACUACACGUUUUGAGUGAUGUGUCUUGGCUAUUGAAACUUGAGUACAAACCAUUGAACUCUAAUGGUACAAACAGAAACCAGAGCACGAAAGUGAUUGUUAAAAAAUGAAAAGAAAAAAGAAACCACACUACACUUCCCAGUGUUCUCUGGAAUCGGUGCCCUUUGCUCCUGAUAACGACGCUGUCACCAUAGCAAACGAAUAUGGCGGGCUCGGGUGAGUUUUCUGAAACAAGCAGCGAGCAAGCAAGUUAUAGCAUUUGCUGAUUAGCUAGGGAAAGAUAUGAUCCUGUCCUCGGCACCAUUACAGGUCCUGCUUCAUCUGAAUGGCUGGUACUUUGCUGCCCUCUUUGUAGCAGAGAUCCUUAUGUUCGUUUACAAAGGAAUCUUGCUGCCAUAUCCCAGAGCCAAUCUUAUUCUUGACAUAGUGCUGCUCUUCCUCUACCUUGGCCUUGAGGUCCUCAGGCUCUUUUAUGGUUGGAAAGGGAACCUGUGUGAGCGCUCCCUGGCCCUGAUGCUGAGUUUAGCAGUGCUGGUGCCCUGCAGCGUGCUCUGUGUGUAUUACCUGCUCCUGCAAACGUUUGUCCUGCGUCUGGAGCUGGUGCUCAAUGCCAUACAGCUCUGCUUCUACAGCCUGGAACUGCUCCUGAGCCUCAUCACCAUUUCCGCUUUCUCAAGGUACCCAAAGCACGCUUAGGUGUCAGUCAGUGCUUCAUAAAAUAUUUAUCAAGUUUUCCAAGUAUAUCAAAUUACUGCAGAAGUAAUUCUUCCUUGUUCUUUAGUUAUUCAUGUGGUUUACCCUGAAUCGUCUACCAGACUGCCUGAAAAAUCUAGCAAACUGUCUUUUAAGAGCUUUUCUUCUUUUUGUACUAUUUUUGGGUUUCCUUGCGAUAUUUAUUUUCUUGUUUCUGUUAUUGUUUAGGGCAAAUGUCUAUUAAUGUCGCUGUGGUCCCAGUGAGGCAGCGGGGAGGUUCAGUGUAUUUCUGAAAAGGGGUGUGAAGAAAAAGCCACGCAGGGACACCUCAAUGUACAGGAAUUCCUCCAUUAGUGUCGGCAGUUCACUUUUGCAUGCAUUAUGCAAACUUUAAUUGAGCUGUCAAAGUCUGAAUAUAUCUUUCCUUUUUCAAUGUAUAUAAUUAAUUGUAUAUAAGUGUAUUUCAUAUGGAUUGUUUUUGUAAUCUGCAGAUAAAUGUGUUGCUAACUGUAUAUAAUUGAUUCAUUUUUACAGAAGCCCUAGGUAUUAUGUAUCGUUUUAUAUGAUAACAUUUUGAAAGUACUGUGCAGCAUUGUUUUGCGAGCAUAUCAAUGAAUGUUAUCAAGUUAUUAUUGAUAAAUCAGUCAAAAAUAUUGUUUACAAUAAAAAUAUAUUUGUAAGGCUUUUGUAGAAUUGUGCAUUUGUCUUGCAUUCUGAUGAGCUUGCACAAGAACACUCAUACAGAA